GAGGGAGAGAGAGAGGGGUAGAGGGAGAGAAGGAGAGAAAGAGGAAAAGGAAGAUGAAGAGAGAGAGGGCGAGAGAGAGGAGCGAGAGAGAGAGAGAGAGAGAGACAGCAACAGAAGAGUUUGAAGUCACUCUAGUUGUUCUUGAAAAGGCGUCAGUGUUUGCUUGAUCUCCACAUAGUUCAACUAUUGCAUUGUAGUCAGAACAAGAUUCUUCAGAAAACUGCACUCAGUGGACAUAUUUAAAUGGUCAAAGCGAAACUUUUCAUACUCCAAAACUUUUUUUACUUGAUACUUUUAAACUUUUCCUGGAUUCAUGAACUUGAUGGAACUGUUUUAGUUCUGUGGACAGUUUGGAUUCAUCGCUUGGGAGAAUAUGUUGCUUAUUUUGGAAAGAUGGAGAACCACCACUCCCAUUUGAGGGCUGCCAGAGCAGAACUCCCAAGGUGCGACAUGUGAGCGUUCUGUGCAAGGAAGAGAAAUAAUUUGCAGGGGAAAAACUGCAAACUCUCAGUGUUGAGCGGAUUUAUGUGUGUGGUUUUUUGAGUCAAAUCUGUCUUUUUGAUGAUUUUUGAACAUCUUCAACUUGUGGUGAGUUGAGCCAAUGAAAGAUGAAUUGCUCAAACGAUACAUUAGAAAUCAAAACAUACCUUAAUCCGCCAGGAGACUGGUUCUCCGUCAUGGCGGUCAUCAUCAUCCUGGUCACCGUUGUUGGAAACCUGCUGGUCAUCAUCGCUGUGGCACGCACUCCACAAUUACAGACAUCAACAAACAUCUUAAUCAUGUCCUUAGCAUGUGCGGACCUCAUCAUGGGGGUCCUCGUGGUCCCAUUUGGGGCCAGUUAUGUCUUGAUAGGGAACUGGCGGCUUGGCAGGACAUUCUGUAACCUCUGGACUUCAAUCGAUAUUCUGUGUGUGACGGCAAGCAUUGAAACUCUUUGUGUCAUCGCUGUGGAUCGGUAUGUAGCCAUUACAAGACCACUGCGAUACACUGUUCUACUCUGUAAAUUUCGUGCAAGAGUGAUAGUCUGUUUAGUCUGGGGUGUGUCUACUUUAAUUUCGUUUGUACCAAUUAUGAUGAUAGAUUGGUUGUGGAAAAAAAACGAGAGCAGUUGUUAUGAAAAUACUAACUGCUGUGACUUUGUGGUUAACAAAGAAUAUGCCAUUUCAUCCUCGUUAGUCUCUUUUUAUAUCCCACUAGUAAUAAUGAUAGCUGUGUACGCACAAGUCUUUGUUAUUGCUGCACGACAGGUCAAGCUCAUAAAGAAAGCUCGGCCGCGUUUGCAGAACGAAUGCCUUGCACAGAUUCAAAGUGGCUCCAACGUGAACAAUCUCCUGCCUCCAGCAUGCGUGGGCUCCAACAGCUUCAACAACAUGGCCAGGAGAAAGAGCGCCAAGAGGAGACCAUCACGACUGCUGAUUGGUGAGCUCAGAGCCAUCAAGACUUUGGGCAUCAUCAUGGGGACCUUCACGAUAUGCUGGCUGCCGUUCUUUGUUGCCAACAUUAUCCAAGCCUUUAAUGAAACACAAUUGAACAAUCGGCUGUUCUUGUAUUUGAACUGGCUAGGUUACAUCAACUCUGGUCUCAAUCCCAUCAUCUACUGCAGGAGCCCGGAGUUUCGAACUGCUUUCAAGAACCUAAUCGGCUGCCCGUGGCUGUCCACGGUGUGGUUAAACUCUUUUUAUAAGGAACUGCGGACUCGCUGCUCCUGUUUUCUGUGGCAAACCGAGUCAGGCACUGUAGGGUCUUUCCAAAAGUCUCCAGACAGUAGGACUGACGGCAGUGGCAGCCUGGGCAGCAGAAGUGAGGAGAUGUCUAUUGGUUUUUCGCAGUCCAAUGGCAGCACACAGUUCACCGACUGUUUGGAACCAGAAUCCCAAAUCUCCAAUACUGAAGACUUUGUUGGUGAUUUAUCCUACAAGGAAGAGAAAGUCAAGACAAUUGCUGACCUUGAUGCACCUGCACGGACACCAAACGGACGAACACCCCACCAGUUUGAACCUGUCCAACCAGAUGGUUCUGCUGGGGCUGAUGUGGAAGCUGCCAAUGGUGAUGGGCCAAACUGAGCAGGAACUGUUAACUGCAGCACAUCACAAUAAAAGGGUGGCUGAACUGAUAAAUGUUGAUCUACUGAAGCAAACUGUUACUGUGACUCCUGCGGCGUCCGAGACCAAUCAGCCUUGAAGACAAGUUAAAGUACAACAACAGCUGAAUGAAGCUUUCCCCAACAAGACGAACGGACUGGCGAAAAGCAGCAGCUUUGGCUCGGAAGGGACCGCUACAACUUUUUUAUUUUCAUUUUUUUCUUAAGGCAGGACAUCGACUGCUGUUACGUGCUGCUCCACAGACAUUUGUUGACACCAGAUGUACUUUCUGCUGCCGUCCACAUGUUGACAUAUUGUUUACAAAGAAUGUUCAUGAAUAAGACAAAUGCACAUUCUAAAUGCCUUGCUAAUCUUUCAAACACAGCGUACAAUAUGAGCCCUGUGGUCACAGAAAUGUCAGCUUCAACUAAUUAUUUACAGUGCAUUAAGUGGUAAGUUAUGUAUUUAUGAUCCACUGAAUGUGUAGCAAAAUGACCAGUUCUUUCGAGGUUGGCGUCACUGUAAAGACACUUUCAUUACACAAACCUUUCCAUACCAACAAGCUGUGCAGUGAAAUAUUCAACUCUGUCCCAACCUGUUUUUGUUCUGAGCUUUGGCUCUUUCUUCGCACAAAUUUUCCCCUACUCCCUUUUUUGUUGUUGUUGUUGUUGUUUUUUACUUUGUUAUAACGUGAAAGUAUUUGUUAUAACACCUUCAAUAUGAUUCUGAUUCGUACAUGUUUUUGUGCAAGCAAGGUACAGUAUUAUAAACUACAGGUAAAUAUGUAUAUCAAGUAAAUUUACUAUAUGCUGUGUUGCUUACAAGGUCUAUGCCAAUAUAAGCUCAGUAAUGCACUACAAAUAAAGAGAAAAAUGGAUUUGCAAAAGGGAACUUUGCUUGCACAUUCUCAGUUAUUACACAAUUGUACACAAUAACAAUUUGGGGUAAUAAUAUAGUGAAAAGAAAUGCGUUUUUUGAAUGAGUUGCCUGGGAUGUAGACUAGUAAAGACACAACAGGUCAAUGUAAAGGAAAACAGUUUUCAGAGAAACUAUGAGGGAAAAGUUCUGAUAUAAGGUACAAUUCAAGUUCACAAAAUAGGGAAAAUUUUGUUUCUUUGUGUAAACAAUCACAAGGCCCGUCUUUGUUAAGAGCCAUUACAUUAUAGACAGCUUAGUACGGACACGGCUCAGUAAGAAAUAUGUCCUGUUUUCAAGUGCAUGCAAGCAUAUCUAUAGCAACAGUCCUGAAUUGUUCAUUGCAAUGUAGCUGCUUGUGCACAUUCUGGUUUUGUCCUUUCAGCCUUUUCAAUAUUUUAGUUUUGAGAAAUGUUCUUUCUAAAUGCAAAACAUUUUCCUUUUUUUUCUACAUUAGCUGCACAGUAGCUGAACUUCAACACCAUGUAGAGUAACAAUGAGGCAUUAGAUAAGGUUAAUCUCCUGAAUAAAUCCCACUACAAGGCUGCAGGAUAAUGGAUCACAUCCCAAUUGAAUUAUGCAAUCAACCCAUUGAUAAACAUCUUGGUAACAUUAAUUCAUUUUAAACACAGUUGGGGUUUGAUGUGCAUUAAUAACCUCUUGAAAUAGCAACUUAAAGCAGUUGCAAAGAAGUCAACUGCAGUGAGUAUUGCUGUAAAAAUAAUUACAAUUGGCCAUUUAUUUAUGCUAGACUGUACAGAUGUUUAUUAAAGUCAGCAUUAGAUUUAUGUAUGAUGGCUUAACUUGUUACUUUUUAUCAUUCUAAGUAUGGAUUUUUAAAGUAUUGAUGAUUUCCGCAUUUUUUGUUGCAAUGUAAAAUAAAACUAGGACAUCACACAAUUUACUUCCAGGAAAAAUAAGAUAAGUUGAAUUUUAUAAUAUAUAAAAUAAGAGGUUUUUUUAUUGGUUUUUGUGGCCUUAAAUUUCUUUUAUUAAUUCAGAACUAUUUAAAACAUUUCCUUUUGAUGGACUGGCAAACUUAUCAGAUGGAUAGAUAUUAGUAAUACAUAAUAAUAAACCAUAAUUUCAAAAUAUAUGUGGAGAACUUAAUUUUUAUUUCACUGAUUACGUUUCAGAGUUAAACAACCUGUACGCUAUUUGGUUUGUCUCUAUAAGUCUAACUGUGUUAAACUUGCGAAUUAUGCUCAACAUUUGCAGACAGGAUUUUUAUCAUUGUUAAUUUACAUUAUUAUUGUAAUUAUUAUUAAUUUAUUGUUAUUAUUGCAAUCAAAUAGUUGAACAAUUUUAAAUAUUGCUCCUAUUUGGACAUUUGCAUUCCUGUAGCAGUUGGUACUAAACUGCCAAAUUUUUCCACUAUCAAGCAGAAAAUGUUGUUUAUUUAAGUCGCAUUUAUUAUUAUUAUUAUUAUAAUAAGGUUUUUAAAAUGUCUAAAACAACACAUCCGUUGUUAUGAUUCUGUUACACCAGAAGGGAAAGGAAGAGAAUAGUAACUCAGGACAAAAUAAAGAUGAUUUUGUUUACGAUGACAUAAUGUUUUCAUUCCUUUCUCUUCUCCCUAAUCAGUUCAGAUUUAUCUCAGGAGGCUCUCAGGGGUCCCGACCUCCACACUGGGAACCACUGUUCCACCACACUGAGCACUGGAAAAUAAAUGUUGCAAUGAGCUCCAGACCCGCAACAACUUUCUUCCCCCCCCCCCCCCCCCCCCGCCAGUGUUAUUUCUGGUAAUCAUCCACCCAGCAAACCUACUACUGUCCUGUUGCCUUGUGUUGUGCAGCGAGGGUCAUCUACUGUUAUGAGAGGAAUUCAAAUAAUUUGGGACCUCUAAAAAAUAAACUAACUGCAGAUCGCAAGACUUUGAAAAAACAAACUGUGUGCAGGCUGCAGCUGCUCCAGAUGUUCUCUCUGACUGCAGAAUUAUCAGAAGCCGCAACAAGUCAGAAGUGGAAACGAUUGUCCCGUCUGAAGUUUAGCCUCACUCCAAUCAGCUGAUUUCUGUGACGAUGUUUUCCAAUCAGGUACAAAUCAAUGGUAGACAUUUGUUUAGGAGGAAAAAAACAACAAAAAAGACAGUGGUCUGAUUUGUAAAUACAAAUUCUUUAUUUUUUGUAAUUAAAUUUACAAACCAACAAAACAGCAGUGUUUGGAAUAUGUAACAAAA